UUGUUCUGCUGCGGGCUCUCCUCCUCCUCCCAGCGCAGUGAGUGUUCGCCCAGAGGCAGAGUCAGGGCGGCCGCAAUGCCUUGGAAAACUCGCUCUUUCCUGGCAGUAGUAUGGCUCUUCACGAUCGCCUUCCCACUGCGGAGCACUGCUUGCCCGAGCCGGUGCCUUUGUUUCCGCACCACGGUGAGGUGCAUGCAUCUCAUGCUGGAGCAUAUACCUGCUGUCUCUCCACAAACGACAAUCCUGGAUUUGCGAUUCAAUAAAAUCAAAGAUAUCCCAUCUGGAGCCUUCAGACGUUUGAAGCACCUCAAUACACUACUGUUAAACAACAACCAAAUUAGGAGAAUUCCUAGGGGUGCAUUUGAAGAUCUGGAGAACUUAAAAUAUCUCUAUUUGUACAAGAAUGAAAUCCAAUCACUUGACAGGCAAGCAUUUAAGGGACUUGUCUCUCUAGAACAACUGUAUCUCCACUUCAAUCAAAUAGAAUCUUUAGAACCGGAAUCCUUCAGUGAUCUUCCAAAGCUUGAAAGACUUUUUUUGCACAACAAUAGAUUGUCGCAGAUUUUACCAAGAACGUUCAGUCAGUUAGAGUCCAUGAAAAGACUGAGAUUGGACUCAAAUAGCCUGAAUUGUAACUGUGAUCUAAUGUGGUUGGCUGAGAUGCUGCAGCAGUAUGCUGAAUCUGGUAUCACACAAGCAGCAGCUACCUGUGAGUAUCCCAAAAGGCUACAGGGAAGGUCCGUUGCCACAGUUACACCAGAAGAAUUUAACUGUGAGAAACCACGAAUUACAACACAGCCACAGGAUGCAGAUGUAACAUCUGGGAACACCGUGUACUUUACCUGUAGAGCUGAGGGUAAUCCAAAACCUGAAAUAAUAUGGCUACGUAACAACAAUGCCUUAGAUAUGAAGUACAACCCGCGCUUAAACCUACUGGAUGAUGGCACUUUAAUGAUCCAGAAUACUCAAGAGGAUGACCAAGGUGUCUACCAAUGCAUGGCCAAAAAUGUAGCAGGGGAGGUGAAAACUCCUGAAGUUAUUCUUCGGUACUUUGAGAUACCAGCUCGGCCUGCUUUUGUAAUUCAACCACAAAACACUGAAGUAUUAGUUGGUGAGAGUGUCACUUUGGAAUGUAGUGCAACUGGAAACCCUCAGCCCCGGAUCACCUGGAUGAUAAGUGAUGGGUCUCCCUUACCCCAUGAUCCUCGCUAUACCAUAACUUCCUCAGGAGGACUCUAUAUACAGAAUGUAGUACAAGCAGACGGUGGGCAAUAUACCUGUCAUGCAAAUAAUAAUCAGGACUCCAUUCAAGCAAAUGCAUUCAUCAUAAUUAAAGCUCCACCUCAGUUUACAGUCUUGCCACAAGACCAGACUGUUGUGGAGGGACAUGCUGUGGAUUUUCAUUGUGAGGCCGAGGGUAAUCCUACACCAACUAUAACAUGGAAUAAAGGAGGCAGUCCACUUCCUGGGGACAGACGGCAUACAAUCCUAUCCACAGGGACACUGAGGAUUUCCAGAGUUGCCCUUCAUGAUGAGGGGCACUACGAAUGUCAAGCUGAUAACAUUGUUGGUGCUUUACGAGCUGCAGUCCAGUUAACUGUGCAACACCGAGCAACACUGGUCAUUACAAACAACCCAGCUGAUCUAACAGUUGCAGCUGGGUCAGAUGUGCAGAUCCCCUGCAGUUCUCGGGGUGAACCUGAGCCAACUGUAACCUGGAGUAAGGAUGGAAUUCAGAUUACAGAAAGUGGAAAAUUCCACCUUAGCCCUGAGGGAUUUCUUUCAAUUCAUGAUGUUGGACCUGCAGAUCAAGGCCAAUAUGAGUGUGUUGCCAGGAACAGCAUUGACCAUUCUGCUGCUAGUAUGGUGUUGACUGUGGUUGUCCCAGACAUUGUUCGAAGUGGAGACACUUUUGUAGAGUCUUCAAUCAAAGAAGCUAUUCAAAGUGUUGACAGUGCCAUCAACUCCACUCGCAGAGAUUUAUUUGAAAGAAGGCCUCAAACCCCAAAUGAACUGCUUGCCUUGUUCCGCUAUCCACGACUUCCAAUUGUUUUUGAUCUUGCACGAGCAGGGGAAAUUUUUGAACGGACUCUGCAACUCAUUCAGGAACAUGUCAAUGAUGGGCUGAUGGUUGAUCUGAAUGGAACAGGUUUUCGCUAUAAUGACCUUUUGUCUCCAAGAUUCCUGAACUUAGUUGCCAAUCUGUCUGGCUGCACUGCCCACCGCCGAAUCAAUAACUGUUCUGACAUUUGUUUUCAUCAAAAGUACAGAUCGCAUGAUGGAACAUGCAACAAUCUCCAGCACCCCAUGUGGGGAGCUUCCCUUACAGCCUUUGAGCGACUCCUAAAAUCAGUCUAUGAAAAUGGGUUUAAUCUGCCAAGAGGAAUUAAUCGAAACCAGUUUUACAAUGGAUUUCCUCUCCCUCUACCUCGUCUCAUUUCAACCUCUCUAGUAGGCACUGAGACCAUUACGCCAGAUGACCAGUACACACACAUGCUGAUGCAGUGGGGUCAGUUCCUUGACCAUGACAUAGAUCUAACCGUUGCAGCACUAAGUCUAUCCAGGUUUUCAGAUGGUCAGCACUGCAGUUCUGUCUGUACAAAUGAUCCACCAUGCUUUCCUAUCUUGAUUCCUCAAAAUGACCCCAGAGUGCGUAAUGGGGCACAAUGCAUGUUCUUUGUACGCUCCAGCCCUGUCUGUGGAAGUGGGAUGACAUCUUUGUUAAUGGAGUCUGUGUAUCCACGUGAACAGAUCAAUCAGUUGACUUCUUAUAUCGAUGCAUCCAACGUGUAUGGGAGCUCAGAUCAGGAAGCUGAAGAAAUACGUGAUCUGGCUAGCCAACGAGGCUUGUUAAAGCAAGGGAUAGCGCAUCGAUUAGGGAAACCCCUUUUACCAUUUGCUACUGGCCCACCAACUGAAUGUAUGAGAGACGAAAAUGAAAGCCCUAUUCCUUGUUUCUUGGCUGGAGAUCAACGUUCCAAUGAACACAUGGGUUUAACUAGCAUGCACACAGUCUGGUUCAGGGAGCACAAUCGAAUUGCCACUGAGCUCUUAAAAUUAAAUCCACAUUGGGAUGGUGAGACAAUCUAUCAUGAAUCACGUAAAAUAGUUGGUGCCCAGAUGCAGCACAUAACCUAUAGCCAUUGGCUACCUAAAAUCUUUGGUGAUAUUGGAAUGAAGAAGUUCGGGGACUAUAAAGGCUAUGAUCCUAAUGUUAAUGCAGGAAUAGUGAAUGUGUUUGCCACUGCAGCUUUUAGAUUUGGGCACACACUUAUCAAUCCGAUACUCUACCGCUUGGAUGAUACAUUUCAACCCAUUCCUCAAGGUCACCUUCCUCUUCACAAAGCAUUCUUCUCUCCAUUCAGGAUAGUGAAUGAGGGUGGCAUUGACCCAUUGCUGCGAGGUUUAUUUGCUGUACCAGGGAAAAUGCGAAUUCCAACAGAGCUGGUAAAUACAGAACUAACUGAAAGACUUUUCUCCAUGGUACAUGCAGUGGCACUGGAUCUAGCUUCUAUGAACAUUCAGAGAGGUAGAGAUCAUGGGAUACCUCCUUACAAUGAUUACAGAGUGUACUGCAAUCUAAGCUCGGCUCAUGAUUUUGAGGACCUGAAAAAUGAAAUUAAGAAUCCACGAAUUAGGGAAAAACUCAUGAACUUAUAUGGUACACCCUUGAACAUAGAUUUGUUCCCUGCAUUAUUGGUGGAGGACUUGAUACCUGGAACCAGAUUAGGACCUACACUUUUGUGCUUGUUGGUUACACAAUUUAAACGUCUUCGAGAUGGCGAUAGGUUCUGGUAUGAGAAUCCUGGGGUGUUCACUCCAGCCCAGCUGACUCAGAUCAAGCAGACUUCCCUUGCCCGUGUCUUAUGUGACAAUGGAGACAACAUCACCAGGAUACAGACUGAUGUAUUCAGAGUGGCAGAAUAUCCUCAUGGUUAUCAGAACUGUGAUGAUAUACCAAAAAUUGACUUGCGGAUGUGGCAAGAUUGUUGUGAAGACUGCAGGACCAGAGGGCAAUUCAAUGCACUGUCACACCAUUUCCGUGGCAGACGUUCACCUGAAUACAGCUUCCGGGAUGAGCCACCUUUAAGAAAAUUGAAAAGCCUGACACGUUCCAGUUCUCUGGUGAAUGCAUUUCGCAAUGAAAAUGUAACCAUGUCAUUUAAAUCUGCCUCUGAAAAAGAUGAUGCUGUCAUGAAUGAUUUCCAGGAUUUUAUGACUGAAAUUCAGAAAACCAUUGCUGGUCUUCAAAAUCAGAUUAAAAAACUUGAAGGGCAACUCAGUAAAUCUGGAUGCACUGAUGGAAAGGCACGAGAACGCUCCAACAAAGAGGAGUGGAAGGAGGACUCCUGCACCACCUGUAAAUGCAAGGCAGGACAGCUUACCUGCUUCGUUGAAACAUGUCCACCAACCAGUUGUGCUAAUCCUGUGAAGAUGGAGGGAGCUUGCUGUCCAGUCUGUGCAGAACAAACCUUGAAACAAGAUGAGAGGUCCUAAACCUUCAUUGCAAGACUGGAGGGGAUGUGCUGUCCUUUUAUUUGUACAGUGAAUUAUGAUGUCUGGAUGUCAGUGUGCUUUCAAAACUACCCAUGAGUAUUCAGUCAGAAUUGCAAAGAAAACGUCAAUUUGAAAAAAUCCCAAGAAAUACUAAAAGAAAAUGCUCAAAUGCAUGCUUCACAUUAACUGAUUUUUAAAUCAGCAACCCAGUUAAAAUAUUUUAUGUGCAUGUACCGUGAGUGUACUGUCAAAGAAAACCACAAUGCAAAAGUGUUGAAAGGGAAGAAAUGUGUUUUAUGACAGGGUGAUUUCAAUUUGUCUGUCAAUGUUUUCCUGGUAAGAAGCUUCUCAGGUUAGAAAUGCCAAAAUGAAAAUUGGUGCUACAUGUAAUUUCUUGUAUAAGACACUAUAGUGAAUAACAGGAGGUAACAUACCUUAAUAUUUCCAAACGACUUUAUUUGUUUUAAGGCAAAAACUAUCUCAAGAACUCCUCUAGCUCAACAUAUAUAUUUUUAUGUUCUGGUUUUUCUUUUGAAUGACUGAGGGAAAAUGUUUCGGAGGAGGAAGAAAACCCAUCAAAACAGUGGUUUUAUAUAUUUCACUCCUUCUAGAGCCCCAGGUAUUUUGUGUUUUAAAAACCUAAAGGUUUCACUUUCCCAAGGUGUUGAGACUUGUAUUCAGGCUGUUCUUGUAGUUACUAAUGUGAAGAUGUUAUUCAUACCUGUUUGGACGUUUGAUACAUAGAUGCCUACUAAUUUGCAGACUGGUGUACAUACUAUGUUGAAAAAGUGCCCGUGCUGUUUCACGAAUUGGCACAAUAUGUCAGCGUUCUCACACAAUGAGUAAGAUUGACAAUUAUUUGUCAAUCUAGAUCAGAGCGUUUAAAAAGAAAUCUGUUAUUUUGUUUUGUCUUUGUGGCCUGGCUACUGAAUUUACAGCUCUAACCAUUACACCUUAUUGGAUUUAUGGCAUUUUGCACUUCUUAAUUUUUUGAUUACUGUUUUUAUGUACUAGUAGUUUUUUACAUUGUAGUAAUUUGUUACUGUAUACAGACAUAAGAAAUGGUGGGGGUAGGGAGGGAGGUCCAUAAAAGGGGUUUCUUGCUCCCUGAUUAUCCAUUGAAAAGCUAUGCUAACCAGUGAAACAGUAUUAAAUGCCAUUUAACAUUUCUAACCAUUGUUUCUUUAUUGUUGGGAAGAUUUUUUUAUUUAUUUACUCAGUCAGAUGUUAAUUGGUCACUUUUAACCAUCAAUGAAGGACAUCUAAUAUUUUUUUUUAAAAAUCAUCAUACCUCAACCUUUCAUUUAUGGUGCUAUUUGAUUUUAAGGCAACAUUCUCAUGUUACUUUAAAAAAGUAACCAUAUUUUUUAUGUGCCAACCUCUUAAAUCUAAGUUUUUUCUUUAACAUUCACAAAAAGUUUGGGGUAGAGAAAGAUCAGUGCAUCACAGCAGCAAUAAAACCUCACAUGAUUUAAGAUUUAUUUUUUAAGUAUGUCUUAGCAAAAAUGAUGAGAUGCCAACUAUUUACAAGAGAAGUUGAAUUUCAUGGCAUUCAACAUAAAGUCACUGACCAUUUUUUUCAGGGGUUCUAGGAUAUAAAGGAGCAAUAAAGUAUUUUGAAAAAUAUUUAAGUAUUGCUCUGCUUUUUAAAAAGAAAAGUCACCUAGAUUUCAUUUUUGUUUGCAUGUCAGUUUUAUUUUUCUCGCAAGCAGGCAAAGGCACACAUUGGACCAAAUGGCCUCAUUCUGUGCCAUAUGAUUCUAUGCAGACCCUGACACUGAUAAAUGGAUUGUUCUGCCAGAACAGCAUAAGGCUAUUCUACUGCUUUGUUUCGCAAUUUUUUCUCUCUUAACAGCAGUGCUGAUUUAGUUUUUAUACUGACAAUUGUCGUCUUUGUAUUUGUACACAUUUGUGCUGAGACUGAGUGUCUUGAUAGCCAUAUUGCUUUAAUGAGACAGAACAGGAACAUAGCAUAAAACAAUAAAUUUACCAAAGAGAUGUUUGCACUGUGUAUUUGUAUGAACCAAAUUAAACUGACCACAUUAUCUGA